AUGUUAACAACAUUUUCUUCCUUAUUUUAUUAUUUUAAUAAAAAUAAAAAUUAUAAUUAUUUUCCCCUUUUAAAUUUAAUUAAAAAAUUAAUUCACCCUUGCCUUAAUUAUUACUGCCAAAACAAAAUUCAAUUUCCCUAUUUUUUAUUAUUAAUUUUAUUGAGUACAUUUCCAAGUAAAAACGAAGCUAAUAAUAAUAUUCAAAGAAGGCAUAGUCCUUUUGCGCAAGGAAAUCUUUUUGUUGUUUUUGAUGCAAAAAGUGGACGGUCAUCUACGCAGAGUCCACAAAUGGCCAACUUAAGUGCACUUUGGUGUCAGGCGACAUCUAACGGCAAAGAUGUUCUCCGAAUUAAAGAAGCAAGAUUUGUAAGAGUACUUCCAAAACCAGAAGAGAUACACGAGGCGAGUAGGUACAAUGGAGCUCGAACCCGUGCCUUCUUAGAAUUCGAUUCCCCAGCACCAAUAACUUCAGUAGGAAAAUAUCGUUGUGAGAUAAACACAACAACAAAUACAGAGGAAGGUGAAGAAAAAAGGGUUACAGUUGUAGGGAAUUUAUUUGUAAAUAUGCGCCCAGUAUUAAUAUUAAAUGCAACUACUAGAUUAGAUCAAGUAGAAGAUGGAAAUUUUUUUUCUUGGAUCGGCUCAGCCAAAACAGUACCAUUAGGGGGUGAUGUAUUUAUUGAGUGUCCAGCUAUUGGAUAUCCUUUGCCUGAGAUACGAUGGUUUAAAGAUAAUAGGCCGCUUAGUAAGUUUAUAAAUGUUGUGGAAAAAUUUCCGUAA